AUGAUGGCAGACGCUGAAAAAGAGGAAGACGUGCAGCAGGAUUGUGAUGGAUGCGAUUUAACAGGCGAUAGUGUUUCGAUGGAUAAAUGGGAAGUAGGAAAGCAAGUGUACUAUAAUGACGUCAUUAUGCGCAAGGUGGUCAGUUAUGUGAAUGAUGUUAAAGAUCGACAGAAUUUGGAACUUGUUAGCAUAACUAUGAACGACCUGAGUUCGCGUGUUCCUUAUAUUAGCUAUAAUAACGAUAACAGUACUUUGGAUAUAUAUUUUACGAGGGUCGAACCGAUGAUGAGCGUAAACAUUGCUGGUAAUGAUUUCAAAAUGACGGCAUUAACAUCCAGUGUUCGACGUACCUGUCCUGACAAUCCGAUUUCUCAAUCCAAUGUUUGCAUCCGCAAAAUGCAACACAUUAUUAAACGUUUCUCACGACAAAUUUAUCGUCUGCAUAUUGGUGGCAUUUCGGAUUUUGAGCGUCGACUAGGAUACAUACCUGAUCAUCAACUUGUAUUAAGUCGAGAUUUGUGUGAUGAGUUCGACCGAUUGAAAAAUGUGGAAUCUCUGGUUCUUCGCAAUCUUUGUCUGAUGUCUUCUGUGAUCGAGUAUUGGAGCAGCAGCGAAUGUGUUCUUACCAAUCGAAUUUUAAGUCUUUGCUUCCAUAGUAUCUGGUUCGAUCAUGCCGAAGAUAUCGACAAUUUUGUAUCGAUAAUUUCCGGAAGCGUCAGAAAAUUAUAUCUUUCUGACUGCAGCGGGAAAACUAUUAUGAAUAUAGGAGGACGACUUCGACGGCUCCCCAACAAGCUUGACAUCCUUUACAUAGCUAUCGAUCAUCGAACAUUUCGAACUGUGGACCAGGCGCGUCAGUUGUUUAAGGAAGUAUCUAAGUUGGCCAACAAAUUGCAUGUUUGUGCUUGCUUCUCACGUUUUGUUUGCCAACCUGGCUUCCGAAUACUAAUGAAUGUUAUUUCUUUAUUACCUGAAUUCCGGCAAAUAACCACGGUGGAAUUGGAUUUAGGGCCUUUGCGAAAGAAUAUGCGGACCUAUGACCAAUUUUUUGCUCGUUUACCUCAGAUGUCACAGUUGCGAGUUCUUCGUCUAUUCGGCUUCCCGAUCAAUUAUGGCUGCAUGGAUCUUUGGAAGGUGAUGUUGCGUUCCAUCGCCCAAUUAUCACAGAUCACCGAGUUUUCGGUAAUCAAUUUAUUAAGAAAUAUUCGAACAGAUGAAUUGAAGGCUUUCUGCGAAUCGUUACCUACCAAUCUGAGCACUUUCGCACUUCAUCACGUCCACCAGUUGCAAGACGAUCAUUUCGGCCUUAUUGCUCAGCGUUGUCCUCGUUUGGAUACAUUGUAUGUGCGUGACUUGCGAUCAGUAACAUCAGAGGGCAUAAUGAAAGCUUUGAUGGAGUUCCGAAUGUUGACCAAGAUAGCGGUAUGCCAUUCGGGUCCAGUUACAAAGCAAGCCUAUGAAUUACUGGCUAAUCGUGAAGCUAUGCCUUAUAUCGAGGCCGUCAUUUUGGGUGGCAACAGAGACCAUCAGAGCGGUAUUGUUCUGGAGGCUCUUCUGCGUCGACUACCACAAUUACGUGUGAUAGGCACAUGGAACCGAUGGCGCGAUUGUGAGUAUCAUCUGUGGCGUAGUAGUAAAGCUUACAAGGAGUUACUUGACGCAUCGUGCUACGCCGAUUGUCCAGGAUGUGGCAAAGACGUGAGCCUAAUUGAUGAUGACGAUGACAUCCCGUAG